AUGAAGCUCUCCUUCUCAAUUCCAUCAAAAUCCAAAUCAAAACCAAAACCAGUCGCAGACAAAGAUCAAUCAGAUGAUAACAACACCAAACAAUAUGUCACCGAAUUCGAUCCCACAGAAACCCUACAACCUCAAAACGCUCAAACUCCAAUUAUCCAACCUAUACAGAACGAAUACCGACCCCACAAAAAAAUGAAAAACAUCGACCUCCCUCUCCAUCCCGACUCCUCCACCGACCUCUGUUUCGAACGCGAAACUCUCUCCUCGGAUCCCGCUGCCGGCGCCUCCGAUUCCAUCUCGUUCGGCCUCAAUCUCCGCCACUCCACCGCCUCCGACUCCACACAAACCCAAGAAGCUACAGUUGAGGAUGUGAUGUUGGAGAAGCUGAGGUAUGAUUUGAAGAGGUUGCCAGAGCAUCGAGGGUCUGAGGAGUUUGAAGAAAUGCCGGUUGAGGAUUUUGCCAAGGCGUUGCUCAAGGGUUAUGGUUGGCAUGAAGGGAGAGGUGUUGGUAAGAAUGCUAAAGAAGAUGUUAAAGUCAAGCAGUACACCAAAAGAACUGAUAAAGAAGGUUUGGGAUUCUUGGCUGCUUCACAUGAUUCUAAAAGUAGCAAUAAAAGUAGUAACUUCAGCAGUACUAAUGGUAAUGGUAAUGUUAGUAGUGGUGGUAGUGUUACUGUUGAACAGAGAGAAAGAGAGAGGAAUAAAGACGGGUUUUUUGUGGGUAAAGAAAUUAGAGUGAUUAGUGGUAAAAAGGAGAAUCUGGGGUUGAAAGGUAAGAUUGUUGAGAGAUUGGGUUUGGAUUCACUUGUUUUGAGGGUAGAAAAGAGUGGGGAGUGUGUGAAGGUUCGGGUUUCUGAUGUUGCAGAAUUGGGGUCGACAAAAGAGGAGAAAUGCUUGAAGGAAUUAAAGGAGUUAAAGAUUAGAGAAGAGAAGAAAUUGGGUGAUUGGGAUAGGGAACGAAAGCCCGUUAAUAAGCGGAGUGUAGAGAGUAGAGAAAGUUCGAAAUUUGGGAAUGAUGGCAUUGGUAAAGAGAGAGGAGUUCAGUGGCUUAGGAGUCAUAUUCGGGUUAGGAUAAUUAGUAAGGAAUUGAAAGGGGGUAAAUUAUAUUUGAAGAAAGGGGAGGUGGUGGAUGUGGUUGGGCCUUAUAAGUGUGAUAUAAGCAUGGAUGAGAGUAGGGAGUUGGUGCAAAGUGUGGAUCAGGAUCUUCUUGAGACUGCAUUGCCACGUCGUGGAGGUCCAGUUCUGGUUCUUUAUGGGAAGCAUAAGGGAGCUUAUGGGAAUUUGGUUCAAAGAGACUUGGAUAAAGAGAUUGGGGUUGUUCAGGAUUCUGGUAGCCAUGAGCUGCUUAAUGUCAAACUCGAGCAAAUUGCAGACGAAUCCUGGCAGUUUUCAAUGGAAUCAGUACUGGUGGGCAGCAGUGGACAACUACGUGGACUAACGCACACAAUCUCAAAGCUUGGGCAUAAUAAACUCCCUCUUCUUCCCUCUCUCUUCCCCAGUUCAACUACCACCAGCACAACGCCCGUUACAUUUUCUCCAUUUCGGCCCUUCGCUUCCAGAAAGAGGAGGCUUAAUAAGAAAUCAAGUUCCAGUGGAUUGAUGUCUAAAAUGGCUGAUCAUGAUCAAGCCAAGGUAGCAUCCGCUGAUGUUGUAUCCGGGGAUAUGAUUUUUCAGCCUAUCUUGGAGGAUGGGAUUUUUCGAUUUGAUUGUUCUGUAGAUUCUAGAGUUGCUGCACAUCCCAGUCUUUCAUUCAUCAAUAGCAAAGAUAGGGACACACCAAUCGUGAGUCAUAGUGUUCCUUCAUACACUCCUGCUUUUGAACGUGUUUCUGGGCAGCAGAUUGUUAAACUCGAGUUUCCUGUUGGUACCUCCUUUUAUGGAACUGGAGAAGUUAGUGGACAGCUUGAGAGGACUGGAAAAAGAGUUUUCACAUGGAACACGGAUGCGUGGGGUUAUGGUUCAGGAACUACAUCGUUGUACCAGUCACAUCCUUGGGUACUGGCUGUUCUUCCGAAUGGAGAGGCAUUAGGUGUUCUUGCUGACACCACACUACGCUGUGAGAUUGAUCUGAGGAAGGAAUCAAUAAUUCAGUUCAUUGCUCCAUCAUCGUAUCCUGUUAUGACAUUUGGUCCAUUUGCUUCACCCACUGAUGUUCUGAAAUCUUUAUCCCAUGCCACUGGAACUGCUUUUAUGCCUCCGAAGUGGUCAUUAGGCUAUCAUCAAUGCCGGUGGAGCUAUGAUUCAGACGAGAGAGUUCGUGAGAUUGCCAGAACUUUUCGGGAGAAGGGCAUACCAUGUGAUGUUAUCUGGAUGGAUAUUGACUACAUGGAUGGUUUUCGCUGUUUCACAUUUGACCAGGCAUGUACUUUGCUUGAUGAUCGUUUUCUUGACAAGUUCAUUGUAUUUGAUAAGAGGGAACGUUUUCGAGAUCCACAAUCUUUGGUAAAAGAUCUCCAUGAUAAUGGUUUUAAAGCGAUUUGGAUGCUAGACCCUGGUAUCAAGAAAGAAGAAGGUUAUUUGACCUAUGACAGUGGUUCUCAAAAUGAUUUAUGGAUCAAGAAAGCAGAUGGAGAGCCAUUUGUUGGGGAGGUGUGGCCUGGGCCCUGUGUUUUUCCUGAUUUCACGCAAUCAAAAGUUCGCUCUUGGUGGGCUAGUUUAGUUAAAGAUUUUACGUCUAAUGGUGUUGAUGGCAUAUGGAAUGAUAUGAAUGAGCCAGCUGUUUUCAAGACUGUCACAAAGACGAUGCCUGAGAGCAAUUUUCAUCAAGGAGAUGAAGAAAUUGGAGGUUGUCAGAAUCACUCGUACUAUCACAAUGUAUAUGGCAUGCUUAUGGCAAGAUCAACAUAUGAAGGCAUGAAGUUAGCUAAUGAAAAGAAGCGUCCUUUUGUACUCACGAGAGCUGGAUUUAUUGGUAGUCAAAGGUAUGCUGCAACAUGGACAGGUGAUAACCUUUCAAACUGGGAGCACUUACACAUGUCUAUCUCCAUGGUACUUCAAUUGGGACUCAGUGGUCAGCCACUCUCUGGACCUGAUAUUGGUGGAUUUGCUGGAAAUGCAACACCCAAGCUUUUUGGAAGGUGGAUGGGUGUGGGGGCUAUGUUUCCUUUCUGCCGUGGGCAUUCUGAAAAGGGCACAAAUGAUCAUGAGCCAUGGUCUUUUGGGGAACAGUGUGAAGAAGUUUGCCGUCUAGCAUUGAAGAGGCGUUAUCGACUUCUACCACAUAUAUACACUCUGUUUUAUAUGGCUCACACAGCAGGUACCCUGGUGGCAACCCCAACUUUCUUUGCUGAUCCAAAAGAUCCUGGCUUAAGGACCACCGAGAAUUCCUUCCUUCUGGGUCCUCUUCUUGUCUAUUCAAGCACCAUUGCUGAUCAGGGAAUAGAUAAAUUGCAUCCAGUGCUGCCCAAGGGAAUCUGGUUGAGAUUUGAUUUUGAUGAUUCACAUCCGGAUUUACCAACAUUAUAUUUGCAAGGAGGAUCGAUAAUUCCUUUGGCUCCCCCUCAUCAGCAUGUUGGUGAAGCUAAUCUGUCAGAUGACUUGACGCUCCUUGUUGCUUUAGAUCAAAAUGGGCUUGCUGAAGGAGUACUAUUUGAAGAUGAAGGUGAUGGAUAUGAAUUCACCAGAGGUGGAUAUCUGUUGACACACUAUGUUGCUGAACUUAAAUCUUCAGUUGUUACUGUCAGAGUUUCCAAAGUAGAAGGAUCAUGGAAGAGGCCCAAACGCCGUCUGCAUGUGUGCUUAUUGCUUGGUGGAUGUGCAAUGCUUGACUCAUGGGGCAUGGAUGGAGAUGUCCUGAAAAUCAAUAUGCCCACAGAAGUUGAAGUUUCUACACUGGUGUCCGCCAGCGAGAAACAAUACAGGACUCGGUUAGGUAUUGUUACUUCUUUCGGGCCGUCAUUUUGUCCCCUCAUAGAUAACUUUUUAACUGCAGAAUGUGCUAAGCAUAUUCCAGUGGAGGAAGAGAUUUCUGGACCCAAGGGAGUGGAGCUUUCAAGGGUCCCUAUUGAAUUGAAAAAUGGUGAUUGGACUGUUAAGUGGCUUCAUAGCAGGGUUGAGAUUGAUGGAUAUGAAGAGUAUAGUGGCAUUGAGUACCGGUCUGCAGGAUGUUCUGAAGAAUAUAAUGUCAUCGAGUAA